GCGUCAUUAUAUUAAACAUGAAUCGUAGUUUGCUUCCAACCCGUUGAAUUAAUUAACGUGGUAAUCCCAAAUUGUGUUUAUGCGUUUCAUAUCACUGCGGGAAUCUGGUAUAAAACCCCUAAAGGCUCUUCUGAGAAUACAGGGAGGAAUUUUUUUGGAUGAAUACAAUUUUCAUCUCAUUCGAUUGACUCAUUCACCUUUCCUAUCACCAUGCGUCUUUUAUUAUAGGGGAUUAUUUCAUGUGAGGAAGCAUAUAUGAUCGAAGCAUGGCAUAUACUAUGUGUAUCUGAGUAUAAUGCAUCAGACUUGAUUAGUACAGCUUCUGUGGUAGUGACACUGACUAGGUGUGCACCGCCGUUCUCAUUCCGGAGCAAUAUUGAAUGAUGUAUGCUACUGGUUAACGUGUUGACAUAGGAAGCAUCUAUAUGGAUAUUCAUCUUUAACCAAUUGAUUGCUGACGAUAUUUUAUAUUUCACUUGGGAGAAGCAAACGAGCAGCAUUACUUCACAUCAGUCUUCAUUAAUCGCCUAACGUUUCGAGCUGGAAUAGCCAUGAUUGACGUGAGUGAUGUCAAGCCAAUCGUCACUGACAUCGAGCUACAGGACAUCAAUGACCCUGACAAAGGCUUGAAAACUUUCAGUCAGCAUGACGAUGACGAUACAAGCACCAUCGGAGAGGGAAUGUUCCACCCUGAAGCUAAGAAGAAAAGUCCGAUGGCUAAAACCUUGCUUAAGGUCUUUAUUGCGGUAACAGUCGUCGCCGUCAUCUUGAUCGCGAUCAUCUGCCUCGUCAUCUUUGCUGGUCCAAAAAUAACAGGAACGACAACAAAGGCACCAGCAACGGCGACGCCACCAGUUCCAACUGUCAUUCCUGGAGUAGUCGUCGGUGAUGUGGAUAUUGAAUUGUCUGCUACGCUGAACGGAGUUACAUUUAUUCCCGCGUACAAUGACCAGUCAUCGCCAGAAUACAUGGCUUUUGCUAGCAACGCAGAAACUCAGGUAAAGAUAUUUAACGAAAUUGGAGUUAAAAGACUAAGAAUACGGUCCAUAAAAUGUUAUCAUCAAUAA